AUGGCGAUGCCGAGGAACAAUUCAAAACCAACAGUGAGCAGCAAACAGCAAGGUCUUAUGGCUAUGGCUGACAAUACUAUUUCAUUUCCAAUAUCUCCCACCAAAAAUCAUACAAACCAACCCAUUUCUCGGAGAAUUUUCAAUGAAUUUCUCACCAGAAGCUUAUCUGAUGUAGUUGAAGCUGGAAUUAAUAGCCCAAAAUUCAUUCUUGACGGCAAACAAAUGUUCACUUUUGGCAACCCUUUUGGCUAUGAUAGAAACUGCGGAAAUCCAAUCACCUAUAUGGACAGAAAGCAGUCAACUUUAUUAAUAGAUGAUAAGUUGGAAUCAGAAGGUAUUAAACUUGCUCUUCUUAUUGAGAAUGAGGAAAUGAUUCUGUUUGGAACAGAGCUUAAAGUUCAAAGUCCUGCUUCCCCUACUGAUUUUGGCAUUAAGACUCGGGAUUCUCAGCUCUUAGCUUCUUCAUUAAAAGAAUUAGAAAAAGAUUCUUGUUGUAUUGCACAUGGCUUAAGUUUGAGGGAGAUGGAGAGUUCUGAGGACUACACUUGUGUAAUCACUCACGGUCCUAAUCCCAAAACCACCCAUAUAUUUGAUAAUUGUGUUGUUGGAACUUGUCUGACUUGA